AUGACUCUGGAGGAUGUUGCAAUGCAAUUAGAGCUAUCUAUUGAUGGCGAGCAUGUCACUGGUACUUUGAGGGCAUGGAGCAAGUUCCAUCAGAGAGAUAUAUGCCAAUGGUGUCAAGAACUUAGUGAUGUUCCAGCCGGCCAUGUAGGGACAACGAAGUUCAAUAUAAAGUUGAAGUGGCUCAGGAAUCGUCUUCAACAGAUGUCACUUAAUUUACAAGACAAUGCCCUUAUUCAGUAUGCAUGUUGUUACAUUUUAUACUUGUUGGAAGGCAUGCUACUAUUGGAUAAGGCCAACAACACGGUCCAUGUUCGAUAUCUUCUGCUAUUGGCUGAUAAUGAUGCCAUCAGUACUUAUAGUUGGGGUAGCGUCAUUCUUUGUUGGUUAUAUCGAGCUAUGUACUUAGCAAGAGAUUACAGUGUCAAGGGUAUGGCUGGCUGUCAUAUGUUGCUUGUGUCAUGGAUAUACUACAGACUACCUUUCCGAACACCGAAUGUGACGACGCCAUAUAGUUUUUCAUUAGCUACGAGAGUGCCUACCGAAUUUCUCGGCCACCCACAUGGAGAUUUUUACACGGUGGUGGUGCCGCUCAUAUUUUUCAGAUGGAUUGAGAUUCUUAAUGUUGAUAGAGUGUUGCGUCAAUUUGGGGGAAAGCAAGGACCUCCAAACCCUCCGCUAAAUAUCGAUAUUUUCCAUCGACAAUCGGCCUGCAACGAUGAUGGAUGGUGGCCCGUCCACCUAUCCGCAUGGUUUGAGGUAUGGGCUAACCGAUGUACUGAGACAUAUCAUCUGCGGAUUGAUCGUGCAGAUACGUUACGACCUAGCUAA